ACCCACUGUAUAAAACAGAUGGGAAUUGGUUCUGUUGAACCUUUCUUCUGGAAAAUGCACUGAAUCCAAGCCUGUGCCUAAUAUGGCUGAUUGUAACCUUUACCUCUACUGGAAUGGACCCCAAUGCCUGACGUGGUUACCAUGGUGAUGAUCUUAGCUACAACUCUGGAAAACAAAGGUGCUGAUUCCCUAGCAUGCAGGACUGAGCUGCACACUCCAAAGAAGAUGAGUCAAGGACCUACUCUUUUCUCUUGUGGAAUUAUGGAAAAUGACAGAUGGAGAGACCUCAGCAGGAAAUGUCCCCUUCAAAUCGAGCAGCAAAGCACCAACAUUUGGGAUUGCCUUCCUGACAAAAGCGAGGAAAGCCCCAUAUGGCAGAAGCAAGCAGCUAGCACAUGCUCGGUGACCAACUUGAUCAAAGACCUCAGUCUCAGUGACCGGAAUGGCAACCCGUCAGCACCGCCCAGCAAACGCCAAUGUAGGUCACUCUCUUUUUCCGAUGAGAUGUCUAGCUGCAGGGCUUCAUGGAGGCCUAUGGGAUCGAAGGUCUGGACUCCUGUAGAAAAGAGACGGUGUUAUAGCGGGGGAAGUGUCCAGCGCUACUCCAAUGGAUUCUCAACCAUGCAAAGGAGUUCAAGCUUUAGCCUUCCUUCCAGGUCAAACGCUCUUUCCUCGUCCUAUGACCAGUCUGGAUUUAGCAACAGAUUUGGAUAUCAGCCAUGCCAAGGAAUGAGGAGGUCAGCCACUUACGGACAGACGAGUGAUAUCUGGGGCAACGAUCACAGUUCUGUAGAGAGUGGCCGGGUUGACAUUCAGCGGUCGCUCUCCUGUUCCCAUGAUCAGAUAUCCUUUUCGGAAUAUUGUCUGCCCUCAGCAAACAGCACACCUGCCUCGACGCCAGAGAUGACAAGGCGCUCCAAUGGGCUUUCCCGAAGCCGGUCUCAGCCAUGUGUCCUUAAUGAUAAGAAAGUUGGAGUUAAACGACGGCGGCCCGAAGAGGUAAAGGAACAAAGGCCUUCCCUGGACCUUGCCAAGAUGACCCAGAAUUGUCAAACUUUUAACAGCCUUAGCUGCCUUAGCACCACAGUGGAUGACUGCUCUCAGCAAAAUCAGUUCUCUCCUGGCAUCAGCAGCACCAAAUCAUGGAAGACAACAUCUCUUUGCACCUUGGAUGUCAUGCCAGGCAGGACACCAGCCUGUACCCCCGUGCCAGAGCCUCACUCAAAUGCAGAAGAAUGUAAAGCUAGCAAAGAAGACGAUUUCUCCUAUGAGGAGUCUGAAUAUUGUGCCACAGAAGAUGAGAGCAGUAGGAAAGAAGAUGAAAACUCCUCAUGGAGGAACAGUGGGACAGGAGGGGAUAAUGUCUUUCCUUUGGAUGGUGAAUUAGACAUUGAGCAAAUAGAAAACAACUGAGAACGCAAAAUGGAUUAUCUGUCUGCAUCAGAGUUUUAGGAGUGGGAAAAUUUCACAGACGUUAAUGUAGGCAGAGAAGAAAAUCCACAUUCUCCAUCUCCUUGGCAGGUAGGAGAGGACCUUUGCCAAACAUUUGUCAGGUAUCGCGUUAAACCUUGAAACUUUUUAGAACUACUGUAGCCCAGGAGGUUUUGUAAACAAGCUUUAGAGAAUGCAUCCAAAUUACAUCAGCACAUUUUUAAAAAAAAGAAGCUUUGCAGAUGUAUCAAAACUUGAAAUUGUGGGACGUUGGAAUGAGAGCAACAGGAUUUGUGUUUGGAACAGGUCUUAAGGAAAAAGGAAUGGCCAGAUCAUUAAAUGCUGGUUAUCAUUCACAAAAUUAGGUAACAAAUCUUCUAGGAGAGGCAGCUGGGCCACCCUCUGUCUCAUUAGAAUCCUGAU